AUGUCGUUGUCAGCCACGCCAUUUAAGUCAGCCCCUAUAUUGCUCGACAAUAUAAAACUAGCUGGAGAAAUAUCUUUACUGGCUGAUCUCGCUCCGCUAUUUCAAGAAUAUGAAAAUCGAUUCGGCUCAUUAGCAUCGACGUAUUUUUUCUGUUAUUUUCCUAUUACUGGUCAUUUUGCACAACAAAGUCAAUAUUCAAAUAUGUACGGACAAACAAAACCAUUGGGUAUAUAUUCAAUUGUAUCGGAUCCUAGUGAGAAAUUACAAAUAAUAAAACCAGAAGUUAAUGUUUCAUCUAUAAUUGACAACACAAAUGGCUUUUCAUUAAAAAAGCAAUUUGAAAGUGGAGACAAGCUACUGUGCAACGGAGAAGCAGAUAUUACAUUUGAAAAACUUGGCAUUUAUAUUAUUGGAGACCCGAAAACAUCUGAAGUCAAUGCGCUAUUAUGUACUGCAUUUGAUGGUAUUAGCAAUACAACACGGACAACCUGUUCAACAGUUUCAUAUAUUGAACACGCAAAACUAUCAAUACCCAGUGGUACAACUGGUGCAAAAUUUACGAUAAUGUUAACAAAAUUCGUUAAUAAAAUCGAUUAUGAAGGUUUACAUAAUGGUUUUACAUUUUAUACGACAGAAGAAGUUGAAGGAACGCGGCUACAACACCUACGAUUAUUAGUAAAAGACCCAGCUGUUCCGUCGUUGACACAUUUACUCACUGUUGUACACUGUUUUGGAAAUGUAGUGUAUCAGUUUGAAAAAAAUGAUUUCGAUAAUGAAGAAGGAUCAUUAAAUUUGAGACGACCGAUUAAUUAUAAUGAUGAUCGUUUAAGCGCACAUUUUAUAUUAUUUAAUCGAGUAGCCGAUCAUUUCGAUACUUGUCGAGAAUUAUCUAAUUCCUCUACAAUUAGUUUUUCGUUUUCGGCUACAGAUACUACAGAAGCUGUUGUUGAUUUUAAUAAAUCAUCCCGUCGUUCUUUGUUGAAAACAAGUAUCUCCACACAGCCCAAACAGCGUGGUCGACCAUCUCUACGCAUUCGAUCUCACGAAGAAAAUUCAACAGAAAAGCCACGUCGUUCAUCCAUUCGACUUCCACCAAUUGUUGUUCAACGUGAUAGCGUCAACCAUUGA